GCCAAGGCAGGCAUCGCCAUAGCAGCGUCUGCGAGGACACUGAAAGUGUGGUUGCUGCAAGAAGGCGCAUUUGUGCUGCAAUAAGGCGUGGUGCACGAAUCGCGAUCAAUAGCUUGCGCUCACGGCAGAGCAAAGCUAAAGCGAUAAUAGCAGCACCUCCACUCUCCGGGAGGACAGGCGACGCCGCGAGCCGGCGAGACGCAAGAAAGUCGCUGCCAGUGGUGCGAUACCGAAACGCGUCAUGGCGGUAGCUCUGGGACAGAACGACCAGCAGCUCGGCGAGAUACUAGCAGCUUUAACCGCGCCGGACACGACGCGCAUCAAGCAGGCCGAGGACGCCCUGAAGCCGGUGCUGAAACGACCUGAAUCUGUGGGGCUAUUGACGACGCAGGUGUCGCGUUCCGAGAAUCCGGCCGUCCGCCAGAUCGCAGCGGUAAUUUUACGCAAAAAAAUCGGCAAGCUCUGGAAGAAGGUCAAGAAGAACGCUCGUGAAAGGACCAAAGGUCUAUUGCUUGAAAGAUUGGCGUCGGAGCCGGAAAGGGCUGUUCGGAAGUCCGUUGCUGCCUUAGCGUCUGCUCUUGCUAAGAUAUUACUCCCUUCCAACAAGUGGCCCGAGCUCCUCCAGUUCAUCUCGCAGUGCGCCACGCAUGCGGACUGGAACCAUCGGGAGCUGGCGUACAUCUUGCUGGUGCAGCUGUCGGAAACCGUAGCAACCGCGCUAGCCCCGGAACUGCCAAGACUAGCGGGUUUGUUCCAAACUGCCUUGCAAGACCAGGAACGACCGGUCGCCGUCGCCGCUCUGAGAGCGUGCUGUGCAUUUGUGCAGACCCUCUCGACGGACGACGAGGCGCUCCUCUUCCGAGACCUCGUGCCUCCGAUGGUGGCCGUAGCACGCCAAGCCGCUUUAGCCAAGGACGACAACGUCCUGAGGCAGUUCUUCGACUGUUUCAGCGAGUUAGCGCAGACGCCGGUGCCCGUGUUAACCCCGCACAUUACGACCGUCGUGUCUCUGUCGCUGGAGGUGAUGAAAGCCUCAGAUGAUGACCUCGAACGAACCACAAGGGACGGCGCCGCCAGUGUGGUGGGCUGCAUCGCCGAGUGGAAGCCCAAGCUGUUAGGAAAAGCUAAUCUGGUGACACCAGUGGUUCAUGCGUGCUGCGAGAUCAUGGUUAGGGCGGAUGCUUCGGCCAAGUCCGGCGGGGGUGCCGGGGCGUUGUUCGUCUCCACACCUUUGCAGCGCCUGAGACAGGAGGAGAAAGCACUAGCGCAGGCAGCUAGGGUCGCCCAAGGGCUCGUCGGUGGCGACGAUGACGAUAGCGACGACGAGGCGUAUGAAGGCCCUUCGUCCCAAGAGUUAGCUCAAACUACUCUAGAUCAGAUCGCUUUGCACGUGCCCCACAAGUGGUCCCUCGAGCCGUCACUGGGUUUGGCUUUCCAAUGCCUUGACGCGCCAGACGACAGUACGCGGCGGGCGGGCGCUGCGGCGGUGGGCGUCGUGGCGGAGGGGUUCCAGGACCCGCUCCGGGAGCACCACCUUGGUAGCGUGUUGGCGAAGUUGGCCCAAGCUGCUCAAAAAGCGACGGACGCGCCUACCAGAGAGUGCCUCUGCUUCGCCUACGGCCAAUUAGCCGAGCACUGCCAGCCCGAGAUCAUCGGCCAUUCCAACGCCGUGAUUCCGGUCGUCUUCGAGUUCCUGAACGACCAGCGGGCCGCUGUUGUUGGGACUGCUUGUUAUGUGCUGGAAACUUUUUGCGAGAGCAUGGACUCGGACCAGUUGCAGCCCUUGUUGGAACCGCUCAUGUGUAGACUCGUGCCUCUGUUGGACCAUCGCUUGUUAGGGAUCCGGGAGAUGGCGGCCGCGGCGGUCGGUUCCGCGGCCGUCGCGGCGUCGGACAAGUUCGGCCCUUACUUGGAGGGCACGGCGCCGCGACUAGCCGCCAUGGUCGAGCUCGGGGAAGAGCGGGCCUGGGAGCUGCGCGGCCGGUCGCUAGAAGCGCUAGGCCACGUGGCAUUAGCCGUCGGGAAUGGAAAAUUUGCGCCGUAUAGAGAUACGGCUUUAAGGGCAGCCGCCGCAAACUUGGAAUUAGAUUCUACCGAAUUAGCCGAAUACUCCUACGGCUUCUUCGCGAACUGCGCCAAGGUCAUGCGGAGCGAUUUCGGACCCCUUUUGCCGCAGCUCGUGCCGCAUCUCCUAGAUGUCGCCGCGAGGAAGGACGCGGCGUCGUUCGAUUUCGCGGAAGACGACGACGAGGAGGGCGGCGGCUUCAAUGCGGCCUUCUUAGAUGAGGGCGACGACGGGGAUCAAUGGGAGGACGACGAGGGCGAGGAAUCGGACGACGAUUCGCUCGCGGGCCAGGCCGUCGUGACCGUCCGGACGGCGAUGAUGAACGUGAAGCGCGCGUCCAUUGUUGCCUUAGGUAACCUCGCCGAGUACACGGAGGGCUUAUUCGCGCCUCAUUUAGACUCAGCUCUCCAGUGCCUCAAGGUGCUAGUAGAUUAUUUCCAUCACGAGAUUCGGGAACGCGCGGCGAUCGCCCUGCAGCAACUCGUGCACGGUGCGUGUCUCGCGCACGGGGGACCCGCAAGGGAUCCCUCAUAUGCGGCGCCGCCGAACGACGAGAAGGAGCCCAAAGCAAUAAACUGGACGAAAGGGUCCGACGAGCCGGUGCUCCCUCCCCAGCUCGCGGUUUACGUCCAGGACUGCGUCGGGCUACUCCUACGACUCAUAGCGGAGGACACGGCCAAGAGCGUCGCUGCCGUCGCUUGUGAAUCGUUGAAUGAAUUGAUACAGGACGCGGGGCCGUCCUCCUUCAUGAGUAGACUACCACAGUUACUAGAAGCAUUAAUACUCUUGGCGAACGGCAAGGCGCCCUGCCAAACUUUAUUAGGGGACGACGACGACCACGACGAGGACGACGACGACGACCAUGAUAACGUCCUGAUGGACAACGUCGCGGACCUGUGUGGCGGCGUCGCGAAGGUCGCCGGUGCGCGCUUAGGCACCGAGGCGACGGACGCCAUGUUUAGAGCGUUCGCGCGGUAUGCGCAGCCUUCGCGCUCAGCGAGUGAUCGGGCCAUGGCCCUGGGCUGCUUCGCCGAGCUCUGUGUGGAAUUACCGCCGGAGCUGGCCGCGGACCGGCAUUUUGGCACGUUACAACCGUUGUUUGCGUCGGCUUGUGGAGAUCAGCAUGCGAACGUCGCGAGGAAUGCGGCGUUUGGCCUCGGAGCGCUGUGUGAAAGAGCCCCAGCGAACGCGAAGCCUCAUCUCCAGGGCGCGUUGCACGCGCUGUUCCCACUCGUGCAAAGGGCGGACAAUUCAAAGGCGGAACGCCAGGCCCAGGACGCCGCGGCCUCGGACAACGCGCUGGCGUCCAUGUUCCGCGUUUGUGCUGCGGAUGUUCAAAGUGCGCCCGUCGACCAGGUCCUCGGGCUCGUGCUACCUCGGUUACCUCUGCAGGAGGACGCCGGGGAAAAUUCUACGUGUGCUCAGUUCUUCAUCGACCUGGCCGUCCAGGGCCACCCGGCGAUCCAGGCGCACGCCGCUUCCAUCCGGACGGCUCUACAGAAAAUGCUUUCGGAGGAGAAGCUCGACGACGCGGCCGUCGCGGAACAAGCUCGGGGGUUGCUUGGGCGGCUGGGGGGGUAAGGUUCUAGGGUUAUUAACCUAGCGGCCUGUGAGACACUAGCAAGCUGGGUUCACCAUCCAAGCCGCGACGACGCAGUUCUGGAGGAACCGACGGGGCGGCAAUUACUGUCAAGUUAAUAUUUGUGACGCCAGAUUGGUCGAACGGCUUGCCUGGCCGCGUCGCAGCUCUGAGGAGAAAACAAGUAAGCAGGCCAGGUCUCGUGCGGCGCCGCCGCGUCGUCAAUUGAGGGGGUUUGCCCCGCGCGGAGCCGCCCGGGCUCGAAAAUCAUUGAGGGCACGAACCGCGACGGCAGUGAUUCACGCAGGCACAGGAAGACUCGCACGCAUACGAAGCUUAAAGAG